CGAUCUGAUUCCUUUCUCUUCUUCCUACCCCCUUUCUCAAAACCAGAUGGCGGAUAUGCAGGCAGUACUAUCCGCCCUCGAGGCUUUAAGCCAGCCUACGACGGACAAGACGUCGUUUACAACUGCAAAUAAUUGGCUUCAAGAUUUCCAGCAUUCCAAUGAGGCAUGGGCGACUUGCAAUACGCUUCUGCUUAGCCCAGAAAUGCCUUUGAUUGCUAAGAUAUUUGCUGCUCAGACGUUUCGAGCCAAGGUCACAUAUGAUCUCCACCAGUUGGACCCUUCGUUCAUCCCGUCUCUCCGAGAUACUCUUCUAACUGCAAUGGAGUCAUUAACCGGAAGUCCAAAGACGAUCAUUAUCCAGCUAAGUCUCGCGCUUGCUGGGCUCGCCCUUCAAUUUCCCGAUUGGCAAGAUACCGCGGUCCAGUCUGUUAUCGACAGAUUCGGUCAAAAUCCGGCAACAGUUUCAACAUUGCUAGAGUUCUUGACGGUUCUACCGGAGGAGAUUAGUAGCAAUUCGAAAAUACCUGUGACCCCUGAUGAGUAUAAAGAUGGUUCGACGAGGCUUCUCACAAAUAACGCAGGAGCUAUUGCCAGCCUUUUGACUAUGUACAUAACAGCUCCAGGGGUCACGACUGCUCUACAAAGCCAGAUCUUCUACUGCCUACGAAGCUGGGUCAUUGCAGGAGAGAUUAUUCCGUCAACGGUUGCCGAAACUCCACUAUUGGGAUUCGCGUUUGAUGCUUUGGAAUCCGACGAUCUUUUCGAUGCUGCAGUCGACGUGCUAUGCGAAGUCAUACACGAGACGCAGGAAGUCGAUGAGAAUAUGGCUGUCAUUGAAGCUAUUGUCCCGAAGCUAGUAGAGUUGAAACCAAAGCUUCUCCUUGCGAAGGAUGACCCGGACAAAAUGAAGGGCCUGGCAAAAAUCUAUAGCGAAGCUGGUGAAGUCUAUCGAAUGCUAAUUCUUCAACAUCCCGACACUUUCUUUCCCAUCGUCGAGGCAAUUGGAGAAUGUUCCGCGUACCAUGACCUUGACAUCGUUCCGAUCACUUUCCAGUUCUGGAUGCGGCUCGCAUUGAGCAUAGGAAAACGGCCCUCCGUCUCGCCACUAUUCCUCGAUGCAUACAGGUCGUUGAUGCGUGUCAUGAUUAAACACCUUUACUUUCCUGAAGAUCCUAGUAAAAUGACACCUCAGGAGGCGGACGAUUUCAGAUCUUUCAGGCAUGUCAUGGGAGACACUCUCAAGGACUGCUGCUUCGUUCUGGGCACCGAGAAUUGUCUUACGGAGGUCCUGACCACCUUAACACAGGCAUUAGAGGAAGCACGCGCCGGGAGACCAGUGUCGUGGCAAGAGAUUGAAGCACCUCUGUUCUCUUUGCGUUCUAUGGGUGCCGAGAUAGAUCCUUCGGACGACCGUGUCAUUCCAAAAAUCAUGGAUUUAAUGCCUUCGCUUCCAGAUCACCCUCGGGUGCGAUAUGCUGCAAUCAUGGUGAUAUCAAGAUAUACUGAAUGGACAAGCCGACACCCGAGUUAUAUCCCGUUCCAGCUGCAGUUCGUCUCAAGUGGAUUCCAGGAUGUCGACAGUGAAGCAUCUGCUGCGGCAAGCCAAGCCAUGGUUUAUCUCUGUCUUGAUUGUAAACGGGACAUGAUUCCGUUCCUUCCCCAAUUGCAUUCCUUCCUGACUUCUCUAGACAGCAAAUUGGUUCAGGAUGACCGACUACGUCUGUAUGAGGCCGUUGCCCAUGUAAUUUCGGCCAUGCCCAUGGAACAAGCUGCUCAGUCUCUCAAGACAUUCUCGGUGGAUAUUCUAAGCAAGAUUCAUACCUUGCUUUCCAAGGCUUCUGGACCUACGAAACAAGAGCUUCAAUUCAUCGCAGAUAACCUUGAGAACCUUGAGUCAAUGUUAUCGGUGGUGGAUACUUUCGGAGAGGAGUUGCCUGCCGCAUGCAUGGAUACCUGUCAGCAAUCGUGGUCUAUCAUUGAUACUCUUCUGUCCAAAUACGGGAUGCAGUACGACAUCACAGAGAGGUCAACACGUGUGCUUCGUGGCGGAAUGAGGUUCUUUGGUCCAGCAGCCCUGCCUGUUGCGCCCUCAGUUCUGUCCCGAAUGUCCAUUGCAUUUGAAGCAACCGGGUUUGCAAGCUAUGCUUGGAUAGCUGGAAAGGCGAUUUCGCUGUUCGGCGAAGAAGACAGACCUGAUAUGCUCAUUGCCAUCAGAGACGUGUUCGCGCGUUCAACCUCGAAAGUAGUCUCUUUACUGCAACAGAAGGGCAUUAGCGAGAUCCCUGAUGUCAUCGAGGAUUAUGUGCAUUUGCUGUUGUAUCUGUUCGAGAAGAGACCCGACGUCUUUAUCGAGUCACCAGCCUUUCCGACUGCUUUCCGAAUCGCGGUGGCAUCCCUUGCACUUAUCCACAGUGAUAUCAUUUUUGCUUCUUUGGACCUCCUGCGCGGCAUUAUCGGGCAUGAUUCGUUAGAUCCUUCACUCAAAAAUCCCCCUCCAAAAUUCCCAGGAUAUGCCGCAUCCAUCCGACAGGUCGUUAAUGCUGAGGGGACACAGCUGACCGCGAGACUCCUCAGUGGUUUAGUGAAUGACUUCCCGGAGGAGACCGUGGCAAUGGUUGUGACAAUUUUUCGUAUGCUGGCCGUUUUAUGGCCCGAGCAGCUUCUCAGCUGGUUUCCCGCGGCUGUGAAUAGCACUCCGAUGCCGGCAUCUUUCGGCCCAGCGAAAGAGCAGUUACUGAAUGAAGUGACUAGUGCCAUUACCAGCAGCGAGUUUGACAAGGUGAAAAAGGCGAUUAACAACUUCCAUCGGUUUGCGAUGAGGACCAAGGACAGGCGUCGCGCCAACCUGAUUGGUCGUGAUUGAAGGAAGGUUAAGAACGUAGUUCCCGAGUGUAGGAAAUGAAGUAGAUAUAGAGUGCAUGUACUUCGUAGGCAGGUAGGGAUGAAAGUCACAUUCUCACUAUUCC